AUGUCGUCUUCUUCACAUCUGAGCAAGACAGGGUCAGCAGAACUACCGUCGGGAAGUACUGCUUUUGGAAAACAACAAGGACAGGGUGGAGCUUCAGAAGAUCCGUUGUUUGAGAAAACCGGCAGCAGUGAGAAAGAAAUGGAAGAGGGACAGCUGCAGCCGCCACACGCGGAACAACGGCAAAUGCAGUUGAGCAGUUCUCUUACAUCCGGUGCAAAUGAAGGCGUUACUCAGGAAAAGGGGUUUGCCGAUGAUGUGAAGAAAGAGCAUGCUGGACCCAAAUCGCCAGUGUUAGACAAAUCCGGACCUGUUAGCUAUUCAGUUAAGGAGGACAGAGAGCAAAACAACAAUGAGUCAGAUGACGAUCCAGAGGAAACCAACGAGCACAGGAAUCAGAAAAACAACACAAUGGCCCCUAAGAAGGAGGAGAUGAAAAAGCCACAGGUGCUCUCUUUCAUUCACAAGCUCUACUCGAUGCUCGAAGAACCCGAGCUCGACAACUUGAUAUGGUGGCAUGAAAAUAACUCAAAUUUCCUUAUCUCUCCGAAUGAAGAAUUCUCAAAGACCUUGAGCAACUACUUUAAACAUGCCAACAUCGCAUCUUUUAUAAGGCAGUUGAAUAUGUAUGGUUUCCACAAAGUGAACGACUCAAAUCAUUCUGCGAGCUCAGAAGAUACCAAUAACUUAAGCCAUGACCAAAGCCAGAGUCGAAGCUCAAGUCAAGAACAAUCGACACAUCAUGAUCGGCCUGCUUUAGAGAACUUGAAAGUGAAACACAAAGGCUCCAACUCAUCUAAUUCCCAGAUUUGGGAAUUCAAACACAGCUCCGGUAUAUUUAGGAAAGGAAACAUAGAGGCAUUGAACACUAUUAAACGAAGAUCCUUCAAGAAUCCAAUAUCAGACAAAGAGGUGCACAACUUGAAGUUGACAUACGACCUGCCACCAAACGUACCACCAAACAUCGUAGUGCGAUCUGAUUCAAGCAACUAUUCUCACCAAGCGGUAAAUGGUUUGCAAAUGCAGCAACAGCAACAGCACCAACAACAGCAACAGCAACAGCAACAGCAACAGCAACAGCAACAGCAACAGCAUCAGCAUCAGCAACAGCAUCAGCAUCAGCAACAGCAACAACAGCUUCAGCUUCAGCUGCAACAGCAACAGCAACACCAGAACCAGCACCAGCAUCAGCACCAACAUCAGCACCCCCACCCACAACAACACCAGCACCAGCACCCACAGCAACACCAGCACCAGCACCCACAACAACACCAGCACUCACACCAAAUCCAGCAACAACCCCAACGUCUACACCCUUCCUUGCCACCCAUGCUAUCGCAGCAGACACUAGAUUAUCAUUCUCAGCCCCAGUCCCAGGCAAGGCCCCAACCCCAACCACAACAACAGCAACAACCUCCAAUGAUGCUGCAUCAAAAUUCAUCAACGAACCAAACAGAUCACGAACUUGCAGAUGAUCGGUCAAACAUAAUGAUGAAUGGGCAAUUUCAUUCAGUGAGUAUAUCCGAACAAGAAAGAAAUGGUCUAAUUGCAAAUAUUAGAGAAUUACAGCAGUCAAACAGUGAACUUCACGUUAGGUUCAGCAUACUUGCUCAGAGAACUGAUGAAGUUAUGAAACUUAAUGAUAUAUUCAAAGAGGAGUUGUCAAAUGUGAACUACGAUUUUGUUUCUGCUCUAGAAUUACUGAAGGAGCAAUUACAGUACCAGCACUCAAAAUCUCCCUCUCAUUCCCCGUCUCAAUCUUUCACCAAUCCACAUUCACGCUCCCAAUCUCAUGGUGAAACAGAAGCACAACUAGAAGCGCAAACAAAAACACAAACACAGUCCCGUUUUCGACAGCGAUCACGUAUUUUAUCUGCAGUGGAAAAUAUACGAUUUAAAGUGCUAGAACGUAUUGCGUAUAGAGAUAUGAAUUUCAAGAGUAUCUCCUAUCAGUCUUCGUCUGAUCCUAGCACUCAAUACAAUGCACAGGGGCCAACUCAUCAAUCAUUUGGUUUGUCCCAGUCAUCACUGCAUCCGUUACAAACCCCAUAUUCAAGUUCUAACUCAACAGUCGUUCUGCCUCGUGCCCAGCCUCCAAUUCAAAGGUCCGGCUCUCAGCCUGCUCUUAAUUCUCAAAGCUCAGUCCACAAUUUGUCCACACCCCAACAAUCACUUCAACAAAUCAGACACUUGAGCACACCUUCGCCCAAUGGUGUCAGCCUUCCACAACAGAACAUCGCUAUAUCAUCGUUGCCUCCAGAGGUAGGAUCCAGAAACCCCUCUGCUGCACCUUUGACGAGUAACCCUUACUUUAAUCCCGGAUACUUGCAGGCUUCUUCAAUAUAUAGCAGUUUACCCGAGUAUUCCCAACAACAAGCACAACAAGCACAACAACAGCAACAUCAACAGCAACCACAAUCACUUUCCCAACCUGUAUUGAAUAAAUCCUUUAGCGGAAAUACAAAAUCUAACUCUUCAUCAGCUACUAAAGUACCGACUUCCAGAAGUACUUCAAACCCACAUUCCUCUUUUACUCAACAAAAUGGACCCACUUCAAAUCCACAACCUUUUCAAUUGCACAAAGCUAACUCAAACGGUACUAAUAAUGAAGAGUCACCGUUUUUGCACAAAGAUAUUAGGUAUAGUGUAUCGUUGUCUUCCGACCGUUCUAGAAAUGCUUCGGUAUAUGACCCGCUGCAACCGCUUCCUUUAGUACCACCUUUGCCUAUGCAGAUCAUACCGCCAAAUCACUCCAACAUACCUGCCCCCAACUUCUUGACAGGACCCGUUCAAUUCUAUCAAAAUGGCCAAAGUAUGGGUCCGCACCCUAUUAUGGACCCCAACGCUAUUAGUAGGCAAUACUCUUUGACACAAAUGUACUCCCCUGUCGGACACUCUCACUCGGGCCUGAAUACGUCGGACAAAAAGAAUGAAAAUGAUGAAGUUCACAACGGUAAUGAAAAUUUCCGUAUCAGACAAAAUUCAACUAAUGAAGGCAGGUCACCCCAUAAAUCAGGGAGUCUGCCUCGUUCCAUCAUUUCGCCAUCAGGGAAACAUAGCGGGAUGUAUGACUCAACAAAUGCUAGGGCCGAUGGUAUUAGCUUGGUUGAUAGCUAUGAGUUAUCUGGUGCUAAAAGCGGAGAUGGUGACUUGAGUAGUAGAAAUGCUCAAACUUCAAAAAUUGAUGAUGGUACAAGUUGUGACGUAAAGUACGUGAGUAAAACAAAUAACAUCAAAACUGAAAUUAAUAACGUCGAAAGACGAGACAAUGAAAUUGCCAGCACUAUAGGAAGUAACAAUGGCGAAAAUAUUUCUGAUGAAACUAAUCACCAGUUAGAACAGGAUCUGAAAAUCUCAGCUGUACAUCAUAUUCUGAAUCAUGGACAUAAAAGAGACUUUGAUCAUAAUCAUAAUUUCAGUCACGAGGCCAGUAAUUGUAGCAGUAAGGGCUGCGAAAAAGGUUACACUAAGGAACUUCUGCGUCGGGGUAGAGCUAACGGCGAUAGUGAUGAAGAAAAUGAGCCGGAAGUCAAAAAGAUGAAAACAUAA